UUGAUUUGAUUUUAUGGAAUUAAUUGUAAAAGACUUGGGGCUAUUUAUAUGAAAGUUUCGUGAUUUUCAUUGAUAAGUAGGUCGUCAAAGAAAUAGAGAAGAAGCCCAAAAAAAUAAAAUAAUGGACGAAGAAGCAGAGAAUUUGAGAGCAGCUUUUGGCGAUUCAUCGGAUGAUGAAGAUAUCGCAGAUCGGCCGGGAAAAGAAACCAUAGGGAUCGGAGAUUCGGCGGUAUGGGAGAGAGUGGAGGAGAUAAAUGGUUUAUGGCUCUAUAGAAACUUUCUCUCUAUUGCUCAUCAGUCUCAUUUACUCUCCGCCAUUCUAAACGAAGGUUGGUUCGUUGAAGAAUCUAUUAACCAGGCGAUGAGAUUUGGUGAUCUCCCUUCAUGGGCAACAGAACUAUCUGAUCUCAUACGCGAGACACUGGAAUCUGUUGAUCUUCCGGUCUUGUCUGCUGAUUUACUCUGGAGAGAACCUCUGUUCGACCAGCUCAUUGUCAAUUUGUACCAACCAGGUGAGGGAAUUUGUGCACAUGUUGAUCUGCUGCGUUUUGAAGAUGGGAUUGCCAUCGUCUCUCUGGAGUCACCUUGCGUGAUGCGGUUCAGUCCCGCAGAAAAGAACGAAUAUGAAGCUGUGGAUGUUUUGCUGAACCCGGGAUCUCUCAUUCUCAUGUCUGGAGAAGCUCGGUAUCGAUGGAAACACGAGAUUAAUCGAAAGCAGAAUGGGUUUCAGCUAUGGGAAGGAGAAGAAAUUGAUCAGAAACGAAGAAUCUCCAUUACCUUGAGAAAGCUAUGUCAAGCCUAAGGGUGUUAUCAAUCCGAUUUUAAUCCUUAUUAGAGCCUAGAUACCUCUUUGUAGAUCAGAACUUUUAAUGUUAAACUUGGACUAUAUCUGAAACACUAAAAUUAUGUGUUCUCUUAAAAUUGUUUUGAAUAUCUUAUCAUAUAAACUACAUUUGAAGCUAUGU